AUGGCGACGUCGGGAGCGAAUGGGCCCGGCUCUGCCACAGCCUCGGCUUCCAAUCCGCGUAAGUUUAGUGAGAAGAUCGCGCUGCAGAAGCAGCGUCAGGCGGAGGAGACGGCGGCCUUCGAGGAGGUGAUGAUGGAUAUCGGCUCCACCCGGUUACAGGCCCAAAAACUGCGGCUGGCAUAUACGAGGAGCUCUCAUUAUGGUGGUUCUCUGCCCAAUGUUAACCAGAUUGGCUGUGGCCUGGCUGAGUUCCAGAGCCCACUCCACUCACCUCUGGAUUCAUCUCGGAGCACCCGGCACCAUGGGCUUGUCGAACGGGUACAGCGAGAUCCCCGCAGAAUGGUGUCCCCGCUUCGACGCUGUUCCCGGCACGUUGACAGUUCUCCCUACAGUCCUAGCUACUUAUCUCCUCCCCCUGAGUCCAGCUGGCGAAGGAUGAUGCCUUGGGGCAAUUUCCCUGCAGAGAAGGGACAGCAGUUUAGACUACCAUCUGCACUUAACAGGACAAGCUCUGACUCAGCCCUUCACACAAGUGUGAUGAACCCCAGUCCCCAGGACACGUAUCCAGGCCCAGCACCUCCCAGCAUCCUUCCCAGCCGUCGUGGGGGUUUUCUGGAUGGUGAAAUGGACUCUAAAGUCCCUGCUAUUGAGGAGAACUUGCUAGAUGACAAACAUUUGCUGAAACCAUGGGAUGCUAAAAAGCUGUCCUCAUCCUCCUCCCGACCUCGAUCCUGUGAAGUCCCUGGAAUUAACAUCUUUCCAUCUCCUGACCAACCUGCCAGUGUGCCUGUCCUCCCACCUGCCAUGAACACGGGGGGCUCCCUGCCUGACCUCACCAACCUGCAUUUCCCCUCACCAUUGUCCACCCCUCUGGACCCUGAAGAGACAGCCUACCCCAGCCUGAGUGGGGGCAACAGUACCUCCAAUUUGACCCACACCAUGACCCACCUGGGCAUUAGCGGGAGCCUGGGCCUGGGCCCAGGCUAUGAUGUUCCAGGACUUCAUUCACCUCUCAGCCACCCAUCCCUGCAGUCCUCCCUAAGCAACCCCAACCUCCAGGCUUCCCUGAGCAGUCCUCAGCCCCAGCUCCAGGGCUCCCAUAGUCACCCUUCACUUCCCGCCUCCUCCUUGGCCCGAAAUGCACUGCCCUCUACCUCCCUGGGCCACCCCUCACUUAGUGCCCCAGCUCUUUCUUCCUCCUCUUCCUCCUCCUCUACUUCAUCCCCUGUGCUGGGUGCUCCUCCUUACCCAGCUUCUACCCCUGGGGCUUCCCCCCGCCAUCGCUGUGUGCCCCUCAGCCCCCUGAGCUUGCCAGCCGACGUCAGAAGGCCCCAACAGCAGCUGCCCAAACAGUUUUCGCCAACAGUGUCACCCACCUUGUCUUCCAUCACUCAGGGCGUCCCCCUGGACACCAGUAAACUGCCCACUGACCAGCGGCUGCCCCCAUACCCAUACAGCCCCCCAAGUCUGGUUCUGCCUACCCAGCCACCUACCCCAAAGCCUCUGCAGCAGCCAGGGCUGCCAUCUCAGGCCUGCUCAGUGCAGUCCUCCUGUGGGCAGCCUCCAGGAAGGCAGCUAUACUAUGGGACAUUGUGCCCACCUGGCUCUAGUGGGCAUGGGCAACAGUCUUACCACCGGCCAAUGAAUGACUUCAGCCUGGGGAAUCUGGAGCAGUUCAGCAUGGAGAGCCCAUCAACCAGCCUGGUGCUGGAUCCCCCGCGCUUCUCUGAAGGAUCUGGAUUUUUAGGGAGUAGAGGGCCAGUGAGUGGCCUCCAGGACCCCCAUGCCCUCAACCACCAGAAUUUGACCCACUGUUCCCGCCAUGACUCAGAAUCUAACAUCAUCCUUACAGGAGACUCUUCCCCAGGUUUCUCUAAGGAGAUUGCAGCAGCCCUGGCUGGACUGCCUGGUUUUGAGGUGUCAACAACUGGAUUGGAGCUGGGGCUGGAGGAUGAGCUGCACAUGGAGCCACUGGGCAUCGAAGGGCUAAACAUACUGAGUGACCCUUGUGCCCUGCUGCCUGAUCCUGCUGUGGAGGAUUCAUUCCGCAGUGACCGGCUACAGUGA